UGCUGAACAUGAACAUUAUUUACAAAUUAAAUAUUUAACGUAAUUCUUUUUUCUUUUUCUUUUUUUAAUGUCUUAGAAAUAGAAGAAAACAUCUAGGUGAAUCAAUGACUGAACGUAAUUCAUACGCUGUUAGCCUUUAAUCUACGUCUUUCUCUGCAUUAUUUUUUUUUUAAUAAUUUUGCUUGCAAUCAUUCUAAAAUACAGCUUACCUCUUUUGUCCUUCAUGUUUUUUUUUUAAUUUUGGUCUGAGAUUUCUUCUCUUUACUUCAAAACAAACUAUUCAUGAUAACACCUUUCACUUUUUUUUAUUUUUUAUGGGGACAUAAAAUUUCUAUAUAUUAAUAAUAUUUUUCUAAAGAAAAUUUGAAACUUAGACUUGCCGUUCUGAGUUGACACUAUCAUAUUUAAUAAAUGCCAAACCAGAUGAACUCUGCUACAAGUGGGUUCUGAAAUCUGAAUCCAAAGCAAACCAUAAUGGCUUCUGUCACUGAAGUUUGUUGAUAGAUCAGAAGCUCAGAAAAUUCUACUUUGCUCUGUUUUUUUGGUACAUUUUUCUCCAUCCUGAGGUCCACUUUUAAAAUUUCCCUCCACAUAGUCAGCGACAGAGGGUGGGAGAGAGAGAGAGAGAGAGAUGGAAACUAACUCAGUUUCCAAGCUGUUAACUUUGUUCUUGAUGAUCUUGUUUGUGGGUUCUGAGCUGAUCCAAUGCAGCGUGACCUACGAUAGGAAAGCCAUUCUCAUCAAUGGCAAGAGGAGAAUCCUCAUCUCCGGCUCCAUUCACUAUCCCCGAAGCACCCCUGAAAUGUGGGAAGAUCUUAUACAAAAAGCCAAAGAUGGAGGUUUAGAUGUUAUAGACACCUACGUCUUUUGGAAUGGCCAUGAACCUUCUCCUGGCACUUAUAAUUUUGAGGGGAGGUACGAUCUGGUACGCUUCAUAAAGACGGUGCAGAAAGUAGGACUCUAUGCUCAUCUGCGCAUUGGACCUUACGUCUGUGCAGAGUGGAAUUUUGGAGGAUUGCCUGUUUGGCUGAAGUAUGUUCCAGGUAUCAGCUUCAGAACAGAUAAUGGACCGUUCAAGACGGCAAUGCAAGGGUUCACGCAGAAAAUUGUUCAGAUGCUGAAGAGUGAAAAUCUAUUUGCAUCACAAGGAGGUCCAAUCAUCCUUUCACAGAUUGAAAAUGAAUACGGCCCUGAGAGCAAGGCACUUGGAGCUGCUGGUCGUUCUUACAUAAAUUGGGCUGCAAAAAUGGCUGUUGGAUUGAACACAGGAGUCCCAUGGGUAAUGUGUAAGGAAGACGAUGCCCCGGAUCCUGUGAUUAAUGCAUGUAAUGGUUUCUACUGUGAUGGCUUCUCUCCCAACAAACCUUACAAACCUAUUUUGUGGACAGAGGCUUGGAGUGGCUGGUUUACAGAGUUCGGUGGCACAGUUCAUCAGCGACCAGUUCAAGAUUUAGCAUUUGCAGUUGCCCGCUUCAUUCAAAAGGGUGGCUCAUAUUUCAAUUACUACAUGUACCAUGGAGGAACCAACUUUGGACGCACUGCUGGGGGCCCAUUCGUUACAACAAGUUAUGAUUAUGAUGCUCCAAUUGAUGAAUACGGUUUGACCAGGGAACCUAAAUACAGUCAUCUGAAGGAGCUUCAUAAAGCUAUAAAGCUAAGCGAAGAUGCUCUAGUUUCUGCAGAUCCUACUAUAACUUCGUUAGGAACCUAUGAACAGGCUUACAUAUACAAUUCAGGGCCAAGAAAAUGUGCAGCCUUUCUUGCAAACUACAACUCAAAAUCCGCAGCCAGGGUGCUUUUUAAUAACAGGCACUAUAAUUUGCCUCCUUGGUCCAUUAGCAUCCUUCCAGAUUGCAGAAACGUAGCAUAUAACACUGCAUUGGUGGGAGUUCAAACCUCGCAUGUGCAUAUGUUGCCAACCGGUACAAGCUUGCUCUCAUGGGAGACUUAUGAUGAAGUUAUCUCUUCUUUAGAUGAGAGGGCAAGAAUGACAGCUGUUGGACUCCUGGAGCAGAUAAACGUCACUAGAGAUACUAGCGAUUACUUGUGGUACAUGACCAGUGUUGAUAUUAGUUCAUCGGAAUCAUUUCUGCGAGGAGGACAAAAACCUACUCUUAAUGUGCAGUCUGCAGGCCAUGCUGUUCACGUCUUCAUCAAUGGACAGUUUUCAGGGUCAGCCUUUGGCACCAGGGAGCAUAGGCAAUUCACAUUUACCGGACCAGUAAACCUCCGUGCUGGAAGUAACAAAAUUUCACUGCUGAGCAUAGCUGUUGGAUUACCAAAUGUUGGGUUUCACUACGAGUUGUGGGAAACAGGAGUCCUUGGCCCAGUUUUUCUGAAUGGUCUUGACAAUGGAAAGAGAGACUUAACAUGGCAAAAAUGGUCCUAUCAGGUUGGUCUAAAAGGAGAGGCGAUGAAUUUGGUCACUCCAGAAGGGGCGUCAUCUGCUGACUGGGUCCGAGGGUCGCUAGCUGCUCGAAGCGUGCAGCCUCUGACAUGGUACAAGGCUUACUUCAAUGCACCCAAUGGGAAUGAGCCAUUGGCUUUGGAUUUAAGGAGCAUGGGAAAGGGACAAGUCUGGAUCAAUGGACAGAGCAUUGGAAGAUACUGGACGGCAUAUGCAAAGGGUGACUGUGAAGCAUGUAGCUAUACUGGGACAUUCCGGCAGACAAAAUGUCAAUUUGGUUGUGGCCAGCCAACCCAAAGAUGGUAUCAUGUUCCUAGGUCCUGGUUAAAGCCAAAACAAAAUUUGUUGGUAAUUUUUGAGGAACUUGGUGGUGAUGCAUCAAAAAUAGCCCUUCUUAGGAGAUCGUUGACAAACGUUUGUGCCAAUGCAUUUGAGAACCACCCAAGCAUGGCUAAAUACAGGACUUCAAGUCAAGAUGGAUCGAAAGUGAAAGAGGCCACUGUUAAUUUGCAAUGUGGUCCAGGACAGUCCAUAUCAGCUAUUGAAUUCGCGAGUUUCGGGACGCCUUCUGGAACUUGCGGAAGUUUCCAUAUAGGAACUUGCCAUGCUCCAAACUCUCGUUCCAUCAUAGAGAAGAAAUGCGUAGGGCAAAAGAGUUGCUCAGUUACCAUAUCCAACUCUAUCUUUGGAGCAGAUCCAUGUCCGAACGUGCUGAAGCGGUUAACAGUUGAAGCUGUCUGUUCGAAAGCAGUUAAAGGCACCGGACCCACAAUUCUAGAUGAAGACCCUGAAUAAGGAGCCCCCCCUCCUCCUCCGUAAAACUUUACAAUAAACAUGAUUAUUUGCAUGUCAUGCAAACUUCAAAGGAAUUGUCAGAAUUACGAGGUCACAUUUCUGAUGAAGAUCCUCCAUGGUAUAGGAGUAGAGUUCCAGGUACAAUAUAUAUAGCCGUUCAUCCCCGUGGAUAAUAUGAUUCUGUAAAGUAGCAGUGCAAGUGGUUUUGCCUCAAAAGGUUUGAUACAGUGUCUCCAACAUUGCUGGAGUCCCUAUUUAUUAUCUUUUUAUAUCAAGGUCAGUUUGUACAAACACUAUGUUGAAAAUGACUUUCCAAUGAUUCUUUGGUAAAGUUGGUAAUGGAAAAAAUAAUUUAAUUUAAUUUAAUAAAAAGAGUUUCCCAUAUAA